UACAAGUCCCCAUGUCUAUGAUCUGUCAAUUCAAACCACCCGGUAUCUUUAUAAGGCUUGGGUGAUUCGUCUGCUCACCAUGGCGGUAGACAAUGCCCAUACAGUCAUAAAUAUGGCAAGAAGCAUGACUGAAUCUGAGAGUAGAAUUCUGUAUACUUUCACCAGCUGCUGUCCUCGGUGGAAUGGAGCAAAGAAGAAUCGAGGAAGAAGUCCAUGCUCUCCAUAUAUGUUGCCCAAUUUGCUCUUUGGCAGAUGCGCAGUCUACACUGUCUAUCAUUCUGAAUGGAGAUCAGGAUCUAUUGCGUGAGAUGCGAUCAGUAUGUCCACACUUUUUGCACUCUGGUCAAUUUGGUCGACAUCCCGACAACCCCAUUUUUGGUAGGGUUUGGAUUGGAAAUAGGUUUGUUAUUGGGGUGGAAUGCUGCUGGCGGCACGAAUUCUUAUUGGUCGUAUCCGCCCGCAAAAUUCAUGCCCAGCACGGCCAUGCUCGACAUUGAAUCACUUGAAACUGGGGGCAGCGGAGCAAAUUAUCAACCUGCUGACCUGGUUUUGAUGAGCGAUCCCUUAGAGUGGGCAAUAUAUUCAAUCUUGGCGCGCCUGUUGAUUUUGUAUGCUUCUCGUAGAGUUACCAAAAGCCGG